UAUUUCGCAUUUCAAUGUUAUACAUAUAAUAUAUGUGCGUGUUUUUAUAUCUUUUCUAUUAGAGUUCAACAACAUCCACACUUACAGGGUUUCAAAGAAGCCUUAACAAAUCUUUCGAGUGUCAGUUCACAUAUAGCCACGAUUCAACAGGGUUGUUCUAUCGCGUUUCCGCGUUGUAUGUAUUAUCUUAUCAAAGAAUAUAUCGAGAAACUGUAACGUUACAGUGAAAGAAAAUGAUCCUUUUGAAAGGAAUAUUUGUACUAUUUUUUGCCUCGGAAGCUCUGGGUCAGCUUAAUGGUAUAGUUGAAGCAAAUUCAUUCCCAAAUAGCGACAAUUACACUACUACGGACAGUUUUAUCAUUUUUCACACACCAAGUGAAGCACAACGUGAUGGAAGAGAAAUGGUAGCCGAUGUUCUAGUUCAUGGACCUAGAAACGACACAAAUAUUUCACAUUUGAAGACAUCUGUGAUCUCUACAGAUUGGAACAAUUGGAAUCCGAAACUUAAAUUUCCUACGACCAGCUCCGAAAAAGAGUACAAAAUGGCAAAUUUACACUUGGACAGAGGAAUAUUUGUUUUUGAUUUUCUACGAAAAUUUCUGUCACUUAUUCAACCUUAUGACGUACCAGUUGGUAAAGUAUACAAUCUUGAAAUCUUAUUCAUUAUAUUAUAUCUAUACUUGUGUUUAAAAUUUAAUAAACACUUUGUAUUGAUAUCAUAA